GAAUAAAAGGAAGAAAGAGUGACCACAUACAUACUACAGAGUUGAGAAACAGAGCUAGGAACAGAGAAGCAGCAGAACAGAAUGUGAGAAACUCUUCACAAUAUUGAGAAACAAACAAAUCAAAGAGAGUGAAAGAAAAUGACAAGAGAGAUGGAAGUAAAAGAUCAAAAGUUUGAGAAACAAAUCCAAAAACAAAUAGGGUGCAUGUCAGGUUUCUUUCACAUCUUCGAUCGCCACCCAGGAAAACGCAUCUACUCCGUUAAAAGACUCCCUUCUUCAAUAUCAACGGAACCGGAAACAAACGGUAACUCACCAGCUGAAACAUCAAUACCGCAACCAGAAAAGACAUCGGUUCUUCCGGUUUUUGAUUUCAAAGAAGGAACGAAAUCUCCAUGGAAAUUCACCAGAGAAGCUCCAAGACUUUCGUUGGAUAGCAGAGCUAUUGUAGAUGCAAAAGGAACAAUGACUAUCCAUCCUAAAGAAGAAGAAAAACGACGACGUUCCACUUCCACCAGCGUCGUUGCAAAACUCAUGGGUCUGGAAGACUCUGAUCCAAACCCUAAGCUUCUAAGAUCUGCUUCUGAAUCAACGGUUCAUAGAGAUCUAUCUCAACAGUAUCGUUUCUUUGACACUACAAAUUUCCAGUUAAAGCAAUUCGACAAAGUUUCAUCUUUAAACGACAGUGCUAUAGAUCUAAACGAGAAAACAGAACCAUUCAGAGGAGUAAUAAAACAAAAGAAAUGUUUCUAUGAUUCUGCUGAUUUUUUCCCUGGUCCAAAACAGAGUGGUACUGUUUCAGUUGGUGAGAUUGAGAAACGGUUGAAGAUGCGUGGGAUUCAUGAACCUUCUAAAGAUCUUGAUACACUAAAACAAAUCCUUGAAGCGUUGCAGUUGAAAGGACUAUUACAUUCUAAGAAAUCAGUGAAUGUAACAAACCAAAGAAACUUUGUUAUUGAGAAUGUGAAUGAUUCUCAUUCCCCAAUUGUGGUUAUGAAACCAGGAAGAUCAAUUAAUCGAACCGGUUGGAUCGGAAAUGAUUCUCCACCACCGGUAUCCACUUUCCGGUCUAAACCACGGGUUCGAACUGAUCAUAUUCAACCGCAUGUUAGAAAUAGAACCAACGUAAACUCACCCACGCACAGUUCCAAUCGCGUGAGGAAGAUUACCAACGUGGAGACACAGAGAUACGUGGAUAACAAUGUUGAUCGCAGAAGAGUUACUCCGGUUCAUUCUUCGAGGAGUGAACCGAACCGGCAAUCACCGAACCAGUCGCCGAGAAUGAGAAAAGUUGCCACUUACCAAAAAGAGAAGUCCUCGGUGGAAGAUGAAUCAUCAAGUACCUCUUCACAUACCGAUACUGAGAGGUUUAACAAGGUGGAGGAGCAAUACAGAGAAGGGAAAGAACUGUUGAAGAGGUGUGAUAAAUUACUAAACAGUAUAGCUGAGUUAGAACAACCGAGUCCAGUAUCGGUUCUUGACUCCUCGUUUUACAAAGACGACUCGUCGUGUUCAGCGUCUCCAGUAAUGAAACGAAGCAUUGAAUAUAAAGAUCUAGGAGCUGAGUCAGAAGAUGAUGGGUGGUGUGCAGCUUUGUGUUACAGUGAAGCAAAGUCAGAAGAUAACGAUUUUGUAUAUGUUUCAGAAGUACUUCGUGCUUCUAAUUAUUUACCCGAAGACAAUGACAUGUUCCUCUUACUAGAACAGCAACAGUACCUCAAAGGAAACGACACUUCCAAAGUUUCCACUCUUGAAAGACUGUUAAUUUUCGACACAAUUCAUGAGAUCCUUAACCGUAAACGCCAUUUGCCACCAUGGAAGUUAGAGAAUGCGCCGUCGUUAAAUCAUAUUUGGUCGGAAUUUCGGAGGGUCCGAGAGAGGGAAGAGUCAGAGGACAUGUUUGAAGUUAUAUGUGGAAUUUUGAGGAAGGACAUGAAUGGAGAGAAUGAAUGGUGUGAAUGUCACGUGGAAAUUGGAGAUGUAGUGUUGGAUAUCGAACGGUUCAUAUUCAAAGAUCUUAUAUGCGAAACCAUUAGAGAUUUAGCAUUGUGUAAGGUACCACGUAACAAAGUUUCAAUGCUUCGUAGGAAGUUAGAGUUUUAUAAUUAGGGCAAAACAAGGGAAAAAAGAAAAGCAAAGUGAUAAAUAUAAUAACACAUGAAAAAAGGGAGGGGUUUUCUUUUGUUUUGGUUGCUUACUUUUUCCUUAUCUUUAGUAGUCCCAUAGUUUACUCACUACUUUCUAAUUGUAAUAUGUGUGUUUUUUAAAUUAGUGGAAUCAGGAGUUUUAAACCUGAAAUCCAGGCAUGUUUAACGAUGACAACUUUUGCUUUUUUAA